GCCUCACGACAGACUGCUUAAGGAAUUUCAGUAUUUAUAGGAGGGAAGAGUAAAACCGAAACUGCUGUAGUUAGACCGGAUUUUGAUCGGUGUAACAUAAUUAACGAUCUGUCAGCAGAGGUUGAGCACCGUCCCAUCGUAGCAGUUACAGACGCUGCCGUUGCCGUAAGUAUAGAGGGAUUGUAGAUGUUAAAGGAAGAUGAGUAUGGACAAGUCUCCUGGGUCUGGCGACAACAUCCCGCCAUCUCCAACGUUGGCCGCUGCCAAGGACACAGUGUGCGACUUGGGCACCGUGAGAAUCGGAAAAGACAAAGUCGUCGUCUGCAGGUGGACCAUCGAGGACAUAAACAGCUGGCCUACAUGGGACGACGAAGUGAAAUCGCCCAUUUUUCGCGACUCUAACUCGAACGAGUGGUGUAUGGUGCUGUUGCGAUGCAUUGGCGAUUGGUACGUAUGUUUCAAGCUGCUGUCUUCUCGUAAUAACGCUACUGUGCGAGUGAGCGUAAAAGUGUCAGUAGUGUCCAGCAGGGGUACAAAGUACAGUUACCCGUUGGAAUUCGUCAGUCUCGCUGUCGGGAACAAAACGAGGCGGUACUCCCUGACUGACUGUAUCGUAAAGGAGGGCCGCUUCAGUAACGUGCUGAAGUUCCUGGGAGAGGUGAGCACGCCAUACAUCAUAACGGAGCCGUACCACAGCGUUGCCCCUCAGAGGCCCUGGCGCAGAGUCACAGACGACCUGGCAGCGUUGCUGGAAUCCGGCCAGCUGUCUGACGUGAAGCUGAGGGCGGGUGACGCCGAGUUCCAAACGCACAGGACCGUGCUGUCCGCACGCAGCCCCGUCUUCUCCGCCAUGCUGCGGCAUGACACCCAGGAGGCUCGCGACGGUAUUGUAUACAUCAAGGAUGUCGAGGCGGACGUCCUGCGCGAGGUCCUGCGGUUCAUCUACACCGACAGCACCCCUCUCCUGGAGAAGAUGGCUGACAGGCUGUUGGUGGUGGCUGACAAAUACGAUUUGCCUCAACUGAAGGAACUCUGCGAGGUGGAGUUGGCCAAGAACCUCACUGUGGACAACGCUGCCGCUACCGCCGUCAUCGCCUUGAGCCACUCUUGCGACGUUCUCAAGCAGUCGGUCGUCAGCUUCGUGAAGCGCCAUCGCGUGCCCAUCAUGGACAGCAAAGGCUGGGCGGAAGCUCUUAGGAACCACCCCGAGAUUAGCAGCUGGAAGUGAAAGAACCUGUUGUUUAAUGACUGCUACGAUUCAACUCCAUUUCUAGAAAACCUUGGUAAUCGUCCUCCAAGCGUUUCCAGCGUGCAGUUUCUUACCUACAAUAGUGUUGUUGGGUUAUUUAACUCUAGGUUGGAGGAAACGAUGUGUUCCAUUUAAAUUUGAUAUCAGCUCCAUCAACUAAUCAUAUAAACACACAUGUGGAAAAAUACUAAAUUAACUUGUCUCGUUCACUGAAAUGGUCUAACUAAAGACUAGGCUCUGUGCACGUUUUUGUUACUGAUAGCUACAUAAAAGAAGGCCAUUGAACGAGUUUCUUCUUAUUUGUCAAUAAGCAUCUGCAGUUAAGCGCCAUGUGCAACAGAAAAAAACUAGGCUAUGAGAUUUAAAAGAAAGAAGCAUGGUCCCUGUAUGAUCUAUGUGGCAGUGUACACAUAAGAAAAAAUAACAUUUGUAAAUCGUGGGUUAGACUGGCGAUAAUCUUUACCGUUAUGUAGUUGAGAAAACUUGUGAUUAAAUUUCACGGCAAUGAAGGUAA